AUGUCGCCGACUAAGGAAGGGUAUGGAUUGCCGCGAGGGUACCGUUAUCAAAAGGAAUUUGACUUUCUGAGCCUGAGCGUAGACACAGGCGUUGCGACACUCGAAGUCAACGAGGAGCUACGGAUGCCAGAGAAGGAUGUCGCCAACCAGAAGGGGCUAGUGAAGACUUGCGGAAGCUAUGAGGUCCAUAGCUCAUCAUCACUGUCCCCGUCCGUGGCGCCAUUCUCCCCACCUGCAUCACCCAACGUCGCCGUCGCACGAUCCAGGUCUACAAUGACUGUGAAAUCCCCCUCUUGGGCAAUAGCUUCGGCUUCGCCGUUCGCCGUGUCAUCAUCUGAACUAUCAUAUCCAUCUUCAACGCCUAGGACUUCAUGCUGCGGUUGA